GCAUUUGGACGAUUCUUCUACAAGUCCCAGUUUAUCCAACGUGUUGUCUAUCGCAUCAAGCUCUGAUUUUUGUCUGUUUCCUCUCGGCCUCUCACGUUUUCGUUCUUGCUCUCUGAGGACAAGAACCUCGAGAUAGGCCAGGCCCCUCAAGUUUUCUUGGUCGUAUCUCAGCAUUCUUGCAUCCAGCAUCGAGCUCCAUCGAAGUGUCUUCCCUCACUUUCUGUCUCAGUCAACAUGAACCGGUUCUUCAAGAGCUCACUGACCCGCCGUCUCUCUCCCGGGCUAAAGCAGCUCGGCACCGAAUUCAAGAACCGCCCUCGCGGUUUCGCUCACUGGGCCGGUGGGGAUGGUGGCGAUUCCGAUCCGGGUUCGUGGAGGUCCGUGGAGGGCCUCGUCCGUUGCUCGGCCAACCACGCCCCUCUCACUCCCAUCAGCUUCUUGGAGCGGUCGGCCAAGGUCUACAGGGACGCGACCUCGGUGGUGUACGGCGACGUGAGGUACACUUGGAGCGAGACGCACGAGCGGUGCCGGAGAGUGGCCUCUGCUCUGUCCCGGAUGGGAAUCUCCCGGGGCGAUGUGGUAGCCACCUUAGCUCCCAACGUCCCUGCAGCGUACGAGCUGCAUUUCGCGGUCCCCAUGGCCGGAGCGAUCCUCUGCACGCUCAAUGCCCGGCACGACCCGUCCAUGGUGUCGACGCUUCUGAAACAUUCGAGAGCCAAGGUCAUUUUCGUGGACCAUCAGCUACUCGAAGUUGCUCGCCAGGCAAUCGAUUUGUUCAACAAGACAGAAACAGAACCGCCGAUUCUAGUCCUUAUUUCUGAAUUGGAUGGAUCUGUUCCUCUGCAUCCUUCGGGCAUUUGUGAGUAUGAAGGACUCGUGACCUCAGGGUCUGGUGAUUUCGAGGUGCAGCGACCAUGCAGCGAAUGGGAUCCCAUCAGCAUAAACUAUACUUCCGGGACGACAUCACAGCCCAAAGGAGUUGUCUAUAGCCAUAGAGGUGCGUAUCUAAAUUCGAUUGCAACAUUUCUUCUUCAUGGGAUGGGCUCGAUACCGGUGUACCUGUGGACAGUACCUAUGUUUCAUUGCAAUGGAUGGUGCUUGACUUGGGGAGUAGCGGCACAAGGCGGCACCAACGUGUGCCUCCGAAAAGUCUCUCCGAAGGGAAUAUUUGAUUGUAUUGCCAAGCAUAGCGUGACUCACAUGGGAGCAGCGCCGACUGUAUUGAAUAUGAUUGUUAACUCGGCAGUGGAUGAUCGACGACCUCUUCCUCGCAAGGUGGAAGUCAUGACAGGCGGUUCGCCACCGCCUCCACAAAUCCUAUCCAAGAUGGAAGAUCUUGGGUUCAGUGUGUCGCACUUAUAUGGCUUGACAGAAACUUACGGUCCGGGGACAUAUUGUGCAUGGAAGCCCGAGUGGGACUCUCUGCCCUCUGACCAAAGAUCGAACAUCAAAUCUCGACAAGGGGUACAACAUCUUGGCCUUGAGGAAGUCGAUGUUAGAGAUCCGGUCACAAUGGAGAGUGUUCCUAGUGAUGGUAAGUCUGUAGGAGAGAUCAUGUUCAGAGGAAACACCGUCAUGAGUGGCUACUAUAAGAAUCAGGAAGCGACAGACAAGGCAUUUGAGGGCGGAUGGUUUCACAGUGGAGACCUCGCCGUGAAGCAUCCUGAUGGCUACGUCGAAGUAAAAGAUCGUUUGAAAGACGUUAUAAUUUCGGGGGGAGAAAAUAUAAGCACAGUGGAGGUAGAGACGGUUCUGUACAGCCAUCCGGCAGUUCUAGAGGCUGCGGUGGUCGCGCGUCCUGAUAAUCACUGGGGCCAAACGCCUUGCGCAUUCGUGAAGUUAAAGGAGGGAUGUCACAUCGAUGCUCAGGAGAUCAUAGGAUAUUGUCGAGAUCAUUUGCCUCAUUACAUGUCUCCUCGGACAGUCGUGUUCGAGGAUUUGCCCAAAACUUCGACUGGAAAGAUCCAAAAGUUCAUUCUGAGGGAAAAAGCAAAGGCCAUGGGUAGCCUCUCAUGAACCAAGCAUUACACAAUCUAUCCCCACAAUUAUGUGAUUGUUCUUGUGUAGUGUCUCAUAAUUAACAAAGUUUCUCAAGAGUUAAUGGUUCACAAAAGGUUUUUGGAGGUGACCAAUAUGCGUAAUUUAUCUUGGGAGCUGAGAAUAGGUGUCUCAAAUUGCUCCUGGUAUGUAUUACAUGAAUACAUUGACAUGAAUGCGGCGUCUUUCUUACCGGCCAGCUUUCAUCUCUGUUACAUUUCAUUGUACUAAGAGGAAAUUUAUCUCUUUUGCCUUGGCAGUUUUGCUGUGUAAUCUUUUAGCUCAUGCAGAUGCUCGCACACUGUGCUGAUUAGAUCUAGGAGGACGAUGUAGGGUACUAAGCUGCAAUACAAGUGGUGUCCUCUUCACUCUGUGGGUUAAUGACAGUCUAGGACCGUAAUAGUGUGCCAAGCGGAUUUCCUUCCAGAUCCACCAUGAAUACUGCCCCGUUCUUCUUGAGGCAGGGUUGCUGCAAGUACUCCUCCAGCAUCACCAUGAAGUUUCGGAUGGGAGGGUGGUAAAGCGCCAGCUCUGUGUAUGCCGUCUUCGCCUGCCAAAGCAGCAGGUGGUAAGAUAAUGAAAGCCUGCUCAGUAUGAAUCUCAUUUGCUGAUGCAUCAUAUAGAAUAAAGAACCGUACGGCUCUACUUAUGAACUUACUGCUGCUAUGGCAAUCCACUAUUGGCCUCGUCCGUCAUAGCGGAUUUCAUCUGGCAUGCUAGGUAGACGAUUAGUUUGUUUUCCUUUCCCUUCCUCCCGCUGCUUAGGUAACGUCUCCUGCACAUGUGCCUGCAAUUAUCGACCCAUUUGACAGGUUAAACUUCGCGUUCUAUUCAUCUAGAUGCAUCAAGUUCCAAUGCUUUCGACAUCUUGGGGGGAGCAUUUCAAGAUAGAGUCGCCGAUGGAAUCUUGAUCAGGUGAAUCAGCGACCCCGUUUGAGAAGUAGAGGUCACAGACGAGCACUCGAGUAUCCCGAUCAUGGGAUCGAAGCACGUGAACUACCUUCCAAGAUGGGGCUGAAUUGUCUUCCCCUAUUUGAAUUUUAGCAGCAUUAGGACGACCUACUAAUCCUGGUUUUUCUAGUACAUUUACUGUCUAGACGUGAUAUAUGUGGAAUUUUGUGAAAUUCCUGAUACUAUUUAUGUAAGUUGUUUAAAUAUAUGACGUUGGGAUUGACAUGAAGUACGAAAAUUAAAUGUUCUGCAUGUAUGUGAAGACAAUUUCUACUAUAUUAGAGGAGAUUACAAUCA